UAAGAGGUGGGGGUCGUUAUCCAGUGGACCAGUGAGCAGAUGCAACCUGGAAUUCCCAUGAUAGAGCAAAGAGAUGGCUACAUUCUAAUGUCAUUGGAAGACCAAUAGAGAUGCCAGAGGGCAAGUGUUACGAUCUGCCCAAGUAGGAGGAAAGAGACUGGUGUACAGGCAUGCAACGUCAAGCUAUGCCAAGGAAAAACAGAAGUAAAUGAUGUCAUAGGGAAGUGCUAAUGCUAUAUCCACAUUUCCAGAAAGAAGCCCCAUCCGAGAAAGCUGGGCCACCAAGUGCAAGUCUUACUUCAGCUGACGUCACACUGGACGACUUGCAUGCUGGUGAUGAGGAUGAAAUGACGAUGAGGACAACACAACACCCAGACCACGGGCGAAGAAGAUCUCCAACCCGGCUGGGAAUCGACCCACACAUGCUGCAUUGUAGGACAGUCCUGUUGUGGUGGAUUUGCCACCUGGAGGUGGCCAAAGUUUCAGUUCUGAAUGUAAUACACCAUCACACUACUCAAGGCAAGGAAAAAAUGCAAGAGGGAAGACAAAGGCCAAGCCCUUGUGGCAACAUUGCUGGAGAAAGUGAAAGCCAGACUCAAAAUAGGUGCUGAAGAACCUAUUGCUAAAUUUGUUGCCAGUGAGCUAAAAAAAACUCAAGUGCUAGACGAUAUUCUCUUAAGAACAACACAUAAAAUCCUUAAAGCGUUAAUGAAUGUCCAAAGUGAGCUGCUUGAUGAA